AUGGCAAAAACCCUUGGUGCAGUAAUACGUGAAAUCGGUCCCCGAAAGGUAUUUGGUAUAGUCACAGACAAUGCAGCAAACAUGAAAGCUGCUUGGGCCUUGAUUGAAAAUGAUUUUGAUAAUAACAUUUUUACCUAUGGAUGCUUUGCUCAUUCUCUUAAUUUAAUAUUUACCGAUCUCAAAAAUUUAACAAGUCUGAAAUCGUUUACUGCCGAGGCUGUUGCCCUUACAAAGGCCAUCCGACAAAGCCACAUAUUAUCUGCGUGGGUAAAGGAAAAACAAAACGAAUUAAAAAUAAGUUGCAGUCUUAAACUCCCAGUGCCUACCAGAUGGGGAUCAUUAGACCGGGUACAAGGAUACAUUAUGCUUCUGGAGCCAAUUGCUAACACAAUUACCUCUGUAGAAGGUGACACACCAACGAUUUCAAAAUGUCUGCAUUUAUUUAAAAAAAUGGUUAACACCUCAUUAGAAAAUGUCACUAAAAGUCCAUUGUUAUUAAAAGAGGAAGCAGAUACAAGGGCAAUUUUUGAAAAUCGGAAGAAGUUUGCUAUUUAUAGUGUUCAUUUUGUAGCUAACCUUUUGGAUCCAAAAUAUCGUGGCUGCGAACUUAGCUCAGAUGAGAUGACUGAUGCGACAGAAGUCAUAUACAAGGUAGCACAGAAGAUGCCAGAUGUCGAUGAAGCAGCCGUCUUAGCUGACGUUGUCAAUUUUAUUGCAAAAGAAGGACUAUUCAAAAAGGCUUUUCUAUGGAAUGAGGACACAAUUGCAGCUAUCAGCCCUAUUGCCUGGUGGAGUGGUCUUUGCUCAAAUACCGCACUCUCAAGUUGGCGAUUCGUUUUCUAGAGUUGCCAGCGACAUCACCAGCAUGUGAAAGAUCCUUUUCUUCAUAUUCGGGAAUUCACACCAACAAGAGAAACAGGCUGACCAAUACUCGAGCGUCAAAAAUCGUGUAUGUGGCUCAUAAUUUAAAAUUAAUGGCUGAACUACAGCCAAGUGAAUCAUCCAGUUCAGAAUCAAUUGCUGGCCCUAGCUUCACAGUCAAUCCUGCAUUAGAAUCUGAACCGGAACCAAUGAUAAUAUCCAAUUCAGAUCAGUCGGAGUCUGUCUUUGAAAGUGAUGAAGAGGAAGCUUCAGAGUCUGAAGAAAAUGCAGAUAGCGACGGGACGGAUCAGUGUUCAUUUAAGGGAUUCGGUUAAUUAAUUGAACCUUUUCAAUCAUUAAGACGUUGUUUUUUUUAUUUGAUAAAUUUUUAUUACUUAUUUUUGCUUUGAUUUUGCAAGUUAACGAAUAAACUCUUCUUAUUUUGUUUAUA